UUUCAAAAGUAUACAAUAAAUUAGAUUAAAAGCUGUACUGUAUGCAAACCAUCCAAGUCUGGCCUGCCUGCUUUUUUAAAAGUAUGAAUGGGGUUUAAGAGCAGUAGUGGUCUAAAGAAUAAAAAGAAGUAUGACAGAUUACUUCAAAAGUGCAUUUACAAGGUAACUGAUUAUAAUCCAACUGUAGGUAUCUGACGCUAAUGGGAGUGGAACUCUACCGGCAGCCAGGGCUGGCCACUAUGUUCCACAACCUCACCAAGCUGGAGACCCUGAACCUGGUCACCUGCAGGAUCCUCAGUCUGGAGGAGGAGAUGAGCAGAGACCUGCAUUCCCUCAGACAGAUGUCAGUCCACAUCCCAGAGGAGUUCAGUGUGAUGGAGAGCUUCACAGAGCCGCUGACCAACCUGAGGUACCUGUUACUCUACAAUUUUCGCUUGGACUGCAGCUGUGACAACACCUGGCUGCUCGCCUGGGCUGAAAGACAGUCACAUGUCCAGGUCGUAUUUUAUCACCCUGGGGAAGCAGACGUGACAUGUAAAAACGAGAAUGGAAUCCAGAACUUUGCCAGGUACUCAGCAGCCAACUGUUCCCUGGACGUGGGCUUUGUCCUGUUCCUCUGCACCUCGCUGGGCCUGCUCCUCUUCAUGCUGGUGGUGCUGCUCCAUCAGCUGGCUCGGGAAUACCUACUGGCCUUCUGCCACAUCAUCCGCUGCUGGCUGGAAGAGGCUGUACGGAGGCCCAACCUCAGGGGGCGCUACUGCUAUGAUGCCUUUGUGUCGUACAGUGGGAGAGACGAGCGCUGGGUGGUGGAGCAGCUGCUUCCGGGCCUGGAGCAGAGGGGGCCUCCCUUCCUGCGUCUAUGUCUGCACAGCAGGGACUUCCAGUUGGGGAAGGACAUUGUGGACAACAUCACAGACAGCCUCUACGGCAGCCGCUACACCGUGUGUGUGGUGAGUCGUAACUACCUGCGCAGUAACUGGUGCUCCCUGGAGCUGCGGCUGGCCACCCUCCGUCUGCUGGUGGAGCAAAGGGACAUCCUUAUCUUGGUCUUCCUGGAGGACAUCCCUCCUCGCCAGCUGUCUGCCCACCACCGCCUGGCCAAGCUGGUCAAGACCAGGACCUACUUGGACUGGCCCCAGGACCAGGCCAUGCAGCCUGCCUUCUGGGACCGUCUGUGGACCAAACUGGUCCCUCCUGAACCACACCCUGGCCAGUGACCAGAUACAGUACUACACUCUUUUAAAAGGGGUUCUUAAAGGGGUCUUUGUUGGGUGAAAAGGUUCUACCUGGAACCAUAAAGGGUUCUCCUUCAGAGAUGAGCAAAUAACUCUUUAGGGUUUUAGAGAGCACCUUUUUUGUGUACAUGGUAUUCUGCUUCCAAUUAACUUUGUAUGAACUGUGUGGACACAAUGACCAACCGUUAUCAACAGCAGAGGGAGACAAAGACCUUCAAUCAUAUACAGUACACAGACUUCCGAUGUUCAAAAUAUGUUUGCAGCAAAAAAAGGAAACACCUUCUGAUCUAACAAUGACGUUUAUGGCUUUGCAUACAUUUUUAUUAUUGGAUUCAAUAACAUGUUCCGUCUCUCUCUCCUGUCUUCUUCUAGCGUUGCAUUACUGUAUGACACAGAUGUAUGAUACAGCUGAUUUUCUCUGGUCACCAUCUCAGCAAAGCCACAUACUGGAAACUCACUUCAGGGGGCUCUUCAUCAGUAGACUCUUAAGGAUUAACAGAAGAAGUGAUCUUGAAUGUGGCCUGGCCCCAUAUCUUUCUGUGCUGUCUUAACAACGUGGUCAUGUCACUGACCCAUAGGAUUUGGAAAGACACCACAAACAGAUCUGAGACCAGGCUAUCUUGAAUGAGGCUGAUUU